AUGAAAUGUUUUUCCCGUUAUCUCCCGUACCUCUUCCGCCCUCCCACCACCAUCCUAUCUUCCACAUGCCACACCGAAGCUGACGUCAUCUCCACGGUGGAGUUUAACCCUUCGGGGGAGCUGUUGGCCACAGGGGACAAAGGAGGAAGAGUGGUGGUCUUCCAGAGAGAACAGGAGACUAAAAGCGAGCCCCAGAGGCGAGGGGAGUAUAAUGUGUACAGUACGUUCCAGAGUCAUGAUCCAGAGUUUGACUACCUGAAGAGUCUGGAAGUAGAGGAGAAGAUCAACAAGAUCAGAUGGCUGCCACAGCAGAACGCUGCUUACUUCCUCCUCUCCACCAACGAUAAGACAGUGAAGCUCUGGAAGAUUCGUGAGAGAGACAGACGACCGGAGGGAUACAACCUGAAGGAUGAAGACGGACGAAUCAGACACCCAUCCACAAUCACCUCACUACGGGUGCCUGUCCUCCAGAACUCAGAUCUGAUGGUUGAGGCAACAGCGCGGCGUGUGUUCAGUAACGCCCACACCUACCACAUCAACUCCAUCUCCGUGAACUCCGACUUCCAGACCUACAUCUCCACGGAUGACCUCAGGGUCAACCUGUGGAACCUGGAGAUCACUGACCAGAGCUUCAACAUCGUGGACAUCAAGCCGUGUAACAUGGAGGAUCUGACGGAGGUGAUCACUGCAGCGGAGUUUCAUCCUCAGCAGUGUAACACCUUGGCUUACAGCAGCAGUAGAGGGUCAGUACGACUCUGUGACAUGAGGAAACAGGCGCUCUGCGACACACACUGCAAGUUCUUUGAGGAUCCAGAGGACCCCUCCACUCGUUCAUUUUUCUCAGAGAUCAUCUCUUCCAUCUCAGACAUCAAGUUUAGUCAUAGCGGGCGCUUCUUGAUGACACGGGACUACCUGACGGUCAAGGUGUGGGACCUCAACAUGGAGACCAGACCGAUCCAGACAUACCAGGUCCAUGACUACCUGAGGGGUAAGCUGUGUUCUCUGUACGAGAACGACUGCAUCUUCGACAAGUUUGAGUGUGUCUGGAACGGGUCAGACAGUGUCAUUAUGACGGGGUCAUAUAAUAAUUUCUUCCGGAUGUUUGAUCGGAACACCAAGAAAGAUGUGACUCUGGAGGCUUCCAGAGAGAACAGCAAACCCCGGGCCAUCCUCAAACCACGCAAGGUGUGUGUGGGAGGGAAGCGUCGUAAAGACGAGGUGACUGUUGACAGUCUGGACUUCAGUAAGAAAAUCCUCCACUCCACCUGGCACCCACAGGAAAACAUCAUUGCCGUGGCAGCCAGUAACAACCUUUACAUCUUCCAGGACAAGGUCACCUAGGGGUCAGCUUACUUCUGACCUCUAACCCCUGACCCCAUGCAGGGGAAGAGAUGGAGGGAGAGACUGUGAGGAUGGAGAGAGCACUGGGGGGGAGUUACAGAGACAGAAGAGGAGAGGGAUGGAGGAGAUGUACAGAGACAGAAGAGGAGAGGGAUGGAGGAGAGGUAGAGACAGAAGAGGAGAGGUACAGAGACAGAAGAGGAGAGGGAUGGAGGAGAGGUACAGAGACAGAAGAGGAGAGGUACAAAGACAGAAGAGGAGAGGUACAGGGACAGAAGAGGAGAGGGAUGGAGGAGAGGUACAGAGACAGAAGAGGAGAGGUACAGAGACAGAAGAGGAGAGGGAUGGAGGAGAGGUACAGAGACAGAAGAGGAGAGGUACAGAGACAGAAGAGGAGAGGUACAGAGACAGAAGAGGAGAGGGAUGGAGGAGAGGUACAGAGACAGAAGAGGAGAGGUACAAAGACAGAAGAGGAGAGGUACAGGGACAGAAGAGGAGAGGGAUGGAGGAGAGGUAGACAGA